AUGUCCGACAUCGUUGAUCACAGUGGAUUCAGUGGGAAGGAAAAAAUUACCGAAAUCCUCAACCGCCGCCACAAGGAGCGCGAGGUCCAAAUUCAAGCCGCAAAACUCGAACGCCUGAAGGAUGCCGAUGAGACGGAGGCAAUACAAUACUUUGAGUCAUCGUUCGAUGCGAAGGUCAAACUGAUCCUCAACGGGUUGGAUACCGUGGCGAAAAGUGACUCGAAAGCCGAAAUCUUUGCCGAGGUUCAGAACGAGAUCUACGAUUUGCAGCGGUAUCUAUCCACAUCGACUUUCUUCCUGCACGAGUAUAAAAUUAAAGUCUGUCAGAACACGAUUAACGAUCUGUGCAAACAACUAGAAGCCCUCAAAAACCAGUUAAUCCCCAAGAAAAAGUUUGGGUUCAAAAGUAAGAAAACGGUAAAAAUCAACCAGUCCGGAGGGGAUAUCACCGAUAAAGGUAGAGAUCACACGAAAGAUGACGAUGCGAACAGAGAUAGAAUGAAGUGGACCUUUUGUAGCCGGAGAAACGAGAUGAUUGUACUCUCUCGGACAUCGGUGGAUGAUCAAACGAUCACCGCUUCGAAUCUAACAAAUUGUAUUGUUCGACUGGAAGGACAUCCCGGUUCGCUGCAAUUCGCAAAAUUGGAAAAUUGUCUAGUGAUCAGCGGACCAACAUCGAGAUCAAUAUUUUUGGAUAAAUGUGUAAACUGCAAAUUCGUAGUUGCUUGCCAACAGCUGCGCUGUCAUCAAUCCAAAGCUUGUGAUCUCUAUCUGAAAGUUACAUCCAGAGCUAUCAUCGAGGACUGCAAUCAAAUUCAGGUGACCCAGUAUAAUAACAGUUAUGAUCUUUUCGAGGAAGAUUUAUCAAACAGCGGUUUGGAUCCAGCAGCAAACAAUUGGAACGAACUGGAUGACUUCAAUUGGCUGGCAACAGAUAAACCAUCCCCAAAUUGGUCCGUUAUCAACAAUGAUCAACUAAUCCACAAUUGGGAUUUGUACCAAAACGAGUUUCGAAAGAAAUAUGGGCUUACUAACACAUGAAUAAAAACGCUUUUUGCUUUGGUUUUCUUAGCAGUAAUUAUUUAUCGA